GGAACGGAACGCCAGAAAACGGAACUAAAAGGUGGCAAAUUAUGAAACCUGCAUUAUCAGCGGCAUAUGGCACUGGCAUCAAUCGACAUAGAAUUUCCAGCACUGAUAACACCGGAACUAGUGGCUCAUGCAUAGUCCGUUCGCAAGCGUAGGCGAACACCACCGCUAAGAAACCAGCGUUCGAAAAGAGUUUAAUUCUGCCGUACAGUUACGAACCCGGAACGCGAUGCUACCGAAAAUGACGCUCCACCACGGCACGAUCACGUUCGCGUUACCCUGGAAACGGUCGACAACCCUAGCGGUGUUUUGGGUGUUUUUGAUGGUGCUGGUAGUGUUUGCUGACCGUACCUCUUCCACUUCCGGCGAGGAUGAGGCAGCCACGCUGGUUCGUGGUACCGGCGGCACUCAUUACGCGGCCCUGUCCGGGGCCCCGAGCCUGGCAGCGGAAAUGCUGAAAGCACAUCCGGCCGGUACGUUCGCGGUUGAUGACGGUUCGCAGCCCGUCUUUCCGGAUCGCCCGGAUGCGGUGUACUUUGCGGUGGCGGUCAACGGUGGUGCGAAGCUGUGGGGACGCACGUUAGCCCGCACGCUGAUCGAUAUGGGACCACCGUUCGGGAAUCCGCAAGGACCACCGCUGCGGCCUAUCUACAUCAAUCUGCCAGACAGCGGGCGGUUCUCUUCCAAGCUUAUGACGUCCGCGUGUGACUCGAUUGACGGUAUGCCACUGGCCGGGAUGGUUAUCGUUGGCGAUAGUGCUGCUGCCAAAUCGCUAGCCCUGGCCGGUAAUGCCAUGAAGGUGCCCGUACUGUGGGCGAAGGGAGGCAUUGCUACUCUGCAUAACUCCUACGACGAGCUAUCAACCAAAUUACAAGCAAUACUGCAGCCAUCCUCUAGGGAAAUUUUUGAAGCCAUUAGAGCAACCUUUUUACAAGUUCACUGGCACUCAUACCACAUUCUGUGCGAUGUCGAUACGUACGUUCUUAUAAGCGGCAAAAAAGGAGCACCACUACGUCAGAAACCAAUGAAUCCAAUUAUAGUGACCCUACCAACGAACUUCGAUUUGAUUUAUAAGAAACUAGCGUACAUUUCCCGUUCUACGAAAGGAGUUGUUUUGGUGCUGUGCAAUCUGAAGGUAGCUCGCCUGAUAAUGGCUGAAGCGCAGCGUAUGAAGAUGCUAAAUGGGCACUUUGUGUGGCUGUGGAUGGAUACGACUUCUGCGACAGAGUUCUACGAUUCCGGACAACCGUCGUACGACACCAAGCAGUCGCUAGAUGUUGGUCUCGGUGGGCGUAGCGAGCUGGAGACAGACUUUUACGACACGUUCGAUAUGCGCCAUCAGUCCCACUUGGCCGAUCUCGUCGAGCGCAGGAUGGAAUUCGAAGACUUUGAUCCACGAUUGCGCAAAAACCGAACACGCACGUACGUUGACAGCCAUGCGUCUCGGUUUGGCAGUGCGGCACUAAUAAACCCGAGGCCGGAUAUUGCGCCCGAUACGUUGCGGGGCAAUACCAAGCACAAUAAACAGCGCCGACCGGCGGAGAAUUCCAAGAAUGGUCGGGGCAAGAUGGGAACUGCCAGUAACAACAACACCGUGGUUAAUGUGGCCCGCCGAACGGAGCGUUUCGACGAGCCGGAGGACUCGGAUGAGUUUGAAGAUUUUGAGGAUGAACGAACAUUGCCACUGAGCGUCAACACGGACGAUGAGCAGUAUCAAAUCGGCCCGGAUAAUGGGCCGGAGAUGAAGCUGAAGCGUAGCAGCGAGUACCUGAAGCUACACAACUCUUCCGGACACGUGCUGUUCCAUCACAACCAAGACUUCCCGGUAGGAUUGCUUGCACUACGACCGAUCAAGAUGAAGAUCGAUCGUCAUUUUAUUCGUGCGGCCGUGCGUCUAUUUGCGGCAACGUGGGCCAAGGUCGAGCGGGAUGAUACACCGGCCGUGGGAAAGGGGCGACCAACGGGACGGGAUGGUCCGGGACCGACCGGUACCGGUCGUGGUAAUACGCAGGACCAAUCGAAAGACCCACGGGGUCAACAGCGACCGGUGCAGCUGCAGCAGAAGCGAUCUGUUGCUGCACAUCCGCCGUUAACCGCUGUCGAGGGAGACGCGAUUUUAACAUUACCAGUUAACAGUGCAAAUACACAACAAAGUGUUCAGGAGCCUAGUUUAUUGGGCCAACGGACGGUGGUGAUGGUGGACGGUGGCGAUGGUGGCGAUGAUGGGUCGCCGACCCAAACGACACAGCAGCCAGUGCACGAAACGAACGAUAUUAUUUCGCCUAUAAGCAAUAGUAGUGCAAAUUUACGUGAUGUCAGUAGUACAAAUAGUUCUAGAGUUAAGCGUCAAAGCACCUGGUGGUCAGCGACCACGAAUCACAAAUACAACCCAGAGCGGGGUGGCGGCAGUGCCGGUGGUGGUAUCGAGCGUGGUCGAAGUCGUGGAGGAGCUACGCGGUACAAGGGCGGCUGCAUGGGUACAAUUAAUCGAGCCGAACAGGCUAAGGCGCACAAUUUCGCAAAGAAUCUGCAGAUGAAUGCCCGGCAGGCACUGUCUGGAUUUCCGAUAGCCAGCGGAUUCAUCGAAAAGUCGCUCGUUAGUCAUUUCGAAAUGCUGAACCUCGUGCCGACAACGAGACAAUCAUCAUCAACACCAAAGGGAGAUUACCACACGGACCGAGGAGACGGUGGCAGAUACGUUAAUCCGUCAGUGAACGGUACUGCUGGAGCUAGCGGUAUGGGCAAUUCGGCUGGAACCGCCACCACUACAAAGUGGCGUCGUGUGGGACUUAUUACGGGGCGCUCGGUACAUCUGGACACGAUCAUAUGGCCCGGUGGAGAUGUAACCGUAUCAGGACUCGCCGGCAAAGCAAAAACCAUGUUCCGAGUGGUGGUGUCGGUGGCACCACCAUUCGUAAUGGAAUCCCCAGUCAACGAAGAGGGCGAGUGUCUGCGGGGUCUUAUCUGCUACCAAAUAUACACCACCGGACGACACAAUCUGACGCUUAUGUUUAACGAAAUUGAGCGACGCAAUCGCUUGAGGGAGAUCAAUCAAUCUCCCAACCACUAUCAAGAGGACCAGCGUCAGCCGUAUCCACUAUAUCGAACACGGUGCUGCUACGGCCUAUCGAUGGAUUUGCUUCAGAAGUUGGCGUCGGAAAUUAACUUCGAUUUUCAUCUGUACAUCGUGCACGAUGGACUGUUCGGACGGCGAAUACCUACACCGCCACCCGAACAGUCGGGACCAUCAUCAAACAUUAGGAAACCAACCGUACCAACUUACGUCGAAUCCAAAUCCAAGUUUGACGCACAAUCGGGAAGAAGCUUAAAACGAGGAUCUAAGUUGAAGCUUUCACAGGCUGGCAUGAACUUCACCAGAGACGAAAUGCCACCGCAUCUCUUCGAGUAUUCGACACCACCACCACCACCACCGGUGCAGACGAGACAACAAUGGAAUGGUGUUAUCGGAGAUUUGAUAUCCGGUACUGCUGAUCUGUCCUUCGCACCGCUCAGCGUGUCUAAGGCACGCUCGGAGGUGAUCGAUUUUACGAUACCGUACUUUCAUGGUGGUGUAUCCUUGCUGGCCGCACCGGAAGCGGCCACCGAUAUACCUUUGCUAGCGUUUCUACUGCCCUUCUCGCCAGAGCUCUGGAUAGCCAUCUUUACCUCGCUGAACGUUACCGCUGUAGCGGUAGCGAUCUACGAAUGGUUGAGUCCAUUCGGUUUGAAUCCCUGGGGACGCCAGCGGAGCAAAAACUUCAGCAUGUCGUCAGCACUUUGGGUAAUGUGGGGUCUACUUUGUGGACAUCUGGUCGCAUUCAAGGCUCCGAAAUCGUGGCCCAACAAAUUCCUCAUCAACGUGUGGGGUGGGUUCAGCGUCAUAUUUAUUGCGUCCUACACUGCCAACAUUGCGGCGCUGAUAGCGGGUUUGCUGUUUCAUAACGAAGCAAAAUACUACGAAAUGUCGAUGUUGACGCAACGUGUUGGAUCACCGAUCGCUACGGCAGCCGAAUCGUACGUCCAGCAGAACGAUAAGCGACUUUGGGAACAUAUGAAAAAGUAUCAGCUGCAAAGCAUCGACGAAGGCAUCGAACGGCUCAAAAACCGCACCAUCGAUCUGCUCAUGUGUGAUACACCCAUAUUGGAUUACUAUCGUGGUACGGACCAAAGCUGCUCACUGCAGCGAAUAGGUGAUAAUUAUAUUGAAGACUCUUAUGCAAUAGGCAUGUCCAAAGGGUUCCCGCUGAAGAAAACGAUGUCGGCGUUGAUCUCGAAGUAUUCUAACGAUGGCUAUCUGGACAUACUGACAGCGAAGUGGUACGGAGAUCUGCCCUGUUUUAGGCUGGAUCGCGAAAUGGCACAACCGAAACCGCUUGGUGUAACGGCGGUGGCCGGUGUCUUUCUGCUGCUGGGCGUCGGCAUGGUGCUCGGUGUGCUGAUACUGAUCAUCGAGCAUGUGUUCUACAAAUACACACUUCCCAUCCUACGCCACCAGCCGAAGGAUACGAUCUGGAAGAGCCGUAACAUCAUGUUUUUCAGCCAGAAGCUGUACCGCUUUAUCAACUGCGUCGAGCUGGUAUCUCCACACCAUGCCGCCAAGGAGCUGGUGCACACGAUCCGCCAAGGCCAGAUUACCAGCCUGUUCCAAAAGAGCGUCAAACGGAAGGAGGAUGAACAGAGACGCCGGCGCAAGAGCAAGGCCCAGUUCUUCGAGAUGAUCCAGGAAAUACGCAGAAACAUCAAACUCGACAGGGUGCAGCUGGACACGGACGUGGACGCAUCACUGUCGGCAACGUCGGAGAGCACCUCCCAGGCAUUGCUCCCAGAGGUGCAUCCGGCCGGUUCCCGUCUGUCAGCGUCCGCUUCGACCAGCAGGCGCGCCAGUCCGGGGCGUUUAUCACGCGCCGGGUUCGGCUUCGGCAAAUCCCGUGACGGUGGCAGCAAAAGUUCGUCGUUCUCUUCAUCGCUAAAUGUGCGCCGGUUUAGCACGGACAGCAUCAUUAGCGAACGACUCGGGACGAUCGGACGACGGCUCAGUCGUGAUGCGGCCACCAGCUCACCGCCGGAUUUGUCGCAUCAUUUCGAAACAUUUGGCAAGGGCAGCUCCGCGGAACCAGCAUCCGGUUCCAAGUUCGACACAUACUCGGGUAAGAACAACAGCAGGGAAAGUGUGGCCGUGUUUAAGUGCGACACGUUCAACGGUAAGGUGACGCCUGGCAGUGGGCUAGACACGGUGGACACUGCCAGGAAUCUGGGAUCGGAGGGACGCGUUAAUAAACCAGACGGCGAGGAAAAACCGAUCCUGCCGGUAAAGACCAAGAAGCGUUCCCGCCGCUCACCGCUAAACCUCGAACUGUAUGAAACGGGCCGCCGGCGGCUCAUCCCCAUUAACGAACGGGUAGCGCAAGGACUAGCACCACCGUUCCUCGAGGCCGACACCGGCAGUGCGAUGCUGCGCGAUAAGCUGCACGAGGAACUGCGCCUAAAAUAUGGCCAAACGCGAUGGAAGAAUGCGCAGGUGGAGGAGGUAGUAGUGACAGUGUCGGGGGUGAACGAAACGGGGAACCACACCGGCGGCAAACCAAGGCGGCCCAGCCGCCGAACAUAAUAGAAAUAAGACGCAAUGCAAAACACCAAGCUAACGUAACCGUGUAGGCAUCUUUAGUGCGGGGCGCACGUUUAGAACGUGAUGGCACCAAUAUCCUCUAAUCGAAAGUAGCGCAUAUUGGUAUCGCAAGGUGAUACGAAACUCUCAAAACUUUAACACCUGAUAACAAUGGAACCUGAAAUGGGAUUUUUAUGCAGCGUACUAAACGCUGGCUGUUGCUUCCGAUACGCCACGGCCAAUUAAGGGAGCCCAGUAGUAAAGCCGUUAGUAGAAAGAUAUCCUAUUUUCUACGCGGAGAUCGUUAAUUUCCUCACAUGGAACGAUGGCAGUUCGGGAAAGAAGCACAGCCAGGUUCAAUCUUAACGUAUCCACUCAGUGAUGACUAUCGAAAGCAGGAAGAAUUUUAGAACUAUUUUCCUAUUAUUUGCCUAUCAUGGCGAACGGUCUGUUCCCUCGCAAAGCUGGAGGACAAAGCCAAACAAAGCAAACGAAACGAAUCGACGAAGGAUCGGCCCGGAGUUAUGAACAUCUUCUUCUAUCUGUCGAUCUGGCAGCAUUAUCUGUGUCUCUAGGAGUGCCUACUUUAGUAUAAAUAUGGUUAGCUAGUCUACUCCUGUGUUCAGUGUACAUUAGGUUUUCUACGAUGGGGGAUAUGCUCCAUUCCGAUGGAAUGCGACGAGCGAAUCGAUUUGAAGUACUGAGAGCUGGACUAAGUUGCAAGGAUUUCCGUUGUCAGUUCAUCGAUGGGAUUGUGACUUGUGUACGACGCGCCUGAGAGUAUGCAGGAUUGCUUGAGAUGGGAUAUUAAGUGCAAAAGUUUUGACAAGCAAGCUGUGGGAUGCGGGGAAAAUACGUAAUGUAUACUUCCAGGCGCGUCUACGAAAGAUACACUCAAACGGCGAGUUGUCGAGGAGAACAGCAAACUUAGCACCGCUAUAAACUAUAAUGAUUUAUCGACCUAAUAUAGUAAUGGAUGUCUUCUGUAGAAGCUUGGAAGAAUAAUGCCUGCUCGUGUAAAGUUUAAACGAACGUGUAGAGGUGGAGCUACCGAAGGUGCAAGACGUAUGUCCCAGAAGCCGUCAUACGAUCGUUGUUAUACGCUAUGGUUUACGUGUUAUACUCUUCUGUUAUGUGUCGUAUUGGAAAUGGGUGCUUAAACUACGGUAACAUAGAACAUGUGUGGUCCAAUUUCAAAAAAAAGCAAUUGUAAUUGUUCUUUAUUCUCUGAUGAUACACGUCGUCGUAAACUGUCAUACGUACAAUUUUACUAAAAAAAAGGAGGUACGUUAAGACA